UAAAGAUGGCUUUUAUUAAAGAGGAGAACGAAGACCUUAAGAUUGAUAAAACAUUCAGUGUGAAACAUGAAGAUACUGAGGAACAAACAGACAUGAUGACGCUGAAGAAUGGUCAAGAACUGAAUGAAACAGAAGAAAAAGAUCAGUAUGAGAAACAUCAAGUUUUCAUGAUUAGACAAAAAACAUUUAGUUGCUCACAGAUAGAAAAUAAUUUGUCUCAAAAACCUGUUCAAAAGCCAGCAACUAGAAAUUAUUUCACCUGCCAACAGUGUGGAAAGAGUUUCAAUCAAAAUAGAAAUCUGAAAGUCCACAUGAAAAUUCACUCUGGAGAGAAGCCUUUUGCCUGCCAACAGUGUGGAAAAAGCUUUACAAAAAAAGGAAGCCUUAAUGUCCACAUGAGAAUUCACACUGGAGAGAAGCCUUUUGCCUGCCAACAGUGUGGACAAAGUUUCAUUCGAAAAGCAAGUCUUAAAUGCCACAUGAUAAUUCACACUGGAGAGAAGCCAAUCACAUGCCCACAAUGUAGACAGAGUUUUACACAAAAAUCAACCCUUCAUUGUCACAUGAGAAUUCACUCUGGAGAAAAGCCAUUCGUAUGUGGUCAAUGUGGUGUGAGUUUCAGAUUUGGAGCAUCCCUUAAUCGCCAUAUAAGAAUUCACUCAAGAGAAAACAGUUUUAUAUGUCAUCAGUGUGGAAGGAGUUUCACAGACAAGAAACACCUUAAGAAUCAUGUAAAAAUUCACAUCGGAGAGAAGCCUUUCAUGUGCCAUCACUGUGGAAAGACUUCCAAACAAAAAACAACCUUUGAGAAUCACAUGAGAACUCACACUGGAGAGAAGCCUUUCACAUGCCCUCAGUGUGGAAAAGGUUUUGCACUUAAAGGAACCCUUGAGAUUCAUAUUAGGAUUCACACUGGAGAAAAGCCUUUCACGUGCCCUCAGUGUAAGAGGUGUUUCACAUAUCGAAAAGACCUGAAACGUCAUUUGCAAACCCAUUCUGAAAUUAAAUCACAAAGUUCUGGAGUGUGGCAAGAGGUUUACGAAAAGGAAAAAGAAUAA